AGUCCUCCUUCUCCCAACGUCAUUUCCUUCAGUCCUCCUUCUUCCAAGUCCUUUCCUUCAGUCCUCCUCCCAAGUCAUUUCCCUUUAAAUAGACACCAUCAUGGCUUCCAAACUGAAUCCUAAUGUCCUGUACGUCCAAGAACCACGGGAGUCUCUCUCAGUGGAGUCUGACCAACUAGCGCAACCCGAACCCGGUGAAGAGAGCUCCGAUAGCGACGGAGAGCCGGAUGAGACAGAACAGAAGCUAAUCCGAAAGGUGUCCACAUCGGGGCAGCUACGUGCCAAGAAAAGUGUGAAGGAGGGGAUCCUAUUGAAACAGACUAGCUCGUUCCAGAGAUGGAAGAGGAGGUUCUUCAAACUGAGAGGAAGAACACUUUACUAUGCCAAAGACUCAAAGUCUCUAAUAUUUGACGAGGUGGACCUAUCAGACGCCAGUGUGGCCGAGACCAGCACCAAGAACAUCAACAACAGCUUCACGGUGAUUACUCCGUUCAGGAAGCUGAUGCUGUGUGCAGAGAGCAGGAAGGAGAUGGAGGAUUGGAUCAGUGCUCUGAAGUCUGUACAGAAAUGGGAGACUUACGAGACCAGUCUAUUUAAUAUGGAACAUUUCUCUGGGAUGCAUAACUGGUAUGCCUGUUCUCACGCCAGACCCACUUUUUGUAACGUCUGUAGAGAGGCCCUCUCCGGAGUCACCUCACACGGACUGUCCUGUGAAGUGUGUAAGUUCAAGGCCCAUAAGCGCUGUGCGGUACGCUCCACCAACACCUGUAAAUGGACCACGCUGGCCUCCAUAGGAAAUGACAUCAUGGAGGACGGUGAUGGGGUGUCCAUGCCUCACCAGUGGUUAGAAGGGAACCUGCCGGUCAGCGCUAAGUGUGUGAUGUGUGAUCGUAACUGUGGCAGUGUCAGGAGACUGCAGGACUGGAGGUGUCUAUGGUGCAAAGCUAUUGUCCACAGCAGCUGUAAGGAGCAGAUGGGGAAGGCGUGUCCUCUGGGUCAAUGUCGGGUCUCAAUCAUCCCACCGACAGCCCUCAACAGCAUCGACUCUGAUGGCUUCUGGAAGGCCACCUCUCCCUCCUGCACCUCUCCUCUCCUGGUCCUCUGUAACUCUAAGAGUGGAGACAACCAAGGUGUUAAGUUCCUGAGGAAGUUUAAACAGCUUCUCAACCCUGCACAGGUCUUUGACUUGAUGAACGGAGGGCCUCAGCUGGGUCUGCGUGUGUUCCAGAAGUUUGCCACAUUUCGUAUCUUGGUGUGCGGAGGAGACGGCAGUGUUGGUUGGGUGCUGUCUGCACUGGACAAACUAAACCUGCACAAACAGUGCCAGCUAGGUGUGCUCCCCCUGGGGACAGGUAAUGACCUAGCCAGGGUGCUGGGCUGGGGAGGGCUGUGUGACGAUGACGCUCAGCUGCUACAGAUCCUGGAGAAGCUGGAGAGAGCCACCACCAAGAUGCUGGACAGGUGGAGUGUGAUGACAUAUGAGCUUCCCACCAAAUACUGUCCAAUGGUGAAGGAAGACUAUUUCGGUCCCGACUCACCCUUACAGGUCCACAUCACUCAGUAUGCAGACUCUGUGGCCUCCCACCUCACCAAGAUCCUGGACUCUGACAAACACACUGAUGUCAUAUCCUCUGCCAAGUUUUUGUGUGGGACGGUGAAUGAUUUCGUAGCAGAGGUGGGGAGAGCGUACGAGAGAGCCACAGAGAACAAGGAGGAGGCCGAUGUUAUGGCCAAGAAGUGUACUCUGUUGAAUGAGAAGCUGGACAGCCUGGUGAAGGCUCUGAGUGAGGAGGCUGAUGCCAAGGUGGUGCCAGCGGGCAGCGUGCCUCCCCACGGGGACCAGGAGGGGGGCACAGACACCCCUGGAGGGGAACCCCGGCCCCCGUACAGGUCCAGAGAACAGCUGAUGAUGAGAGCUAACAGUCUGAAGAAAGCACUGAGCCAGAUCAUAGAACAGGCUGAGAAAGUGGUAGAUGAACAGAACAGACACACUCAUCUCCAGCGCGUGUCUUCCUCGUCCAUCAAGAGAGAGAACAGUGAGGAACUGAAAGAGCCUGAGCCACGUCACAUCAGUUUGAGCCCCACCACUUCCUCCACCAUCGUCUUGGAGAAACCAGAGAGUCUCAGCCCUCCAUCCUUUAACGAUGAUCAGUGUUCAGAGAAAUGUGUACUGAACAAUUACUUUGGGAUCGGUCUGGAUGCUAAGAUCUCCCUGGAGUUUAACAACAAGAGAGAUGAACACCCCAAGAAAUGCAGUAGUCGUACUAAGAACAAGUUGUGGUAUGGGGUGAUGGGAACCAAGGAGCUGGUGCAUAAGACGUACAAGAACCUGGAGCAACGGGUACUGUUGGAGUGUGAUGGUGUCUCUAUGUGUCUGCCCAGUCUUCAGGGACUAGCUGUUCUCAACAUCCCCAGCUAUGCAGGAGGAAUCAACUUCUGGGGUGGCACCAAAGAGGACAGCAACUUUGGCGCCCCGUCGUUUGACGAUAAGAAGUUGGAGGUGGUGGCUGUGUUUGGCAGUAUGCAAAUGGCUGUAUCCAGAGUCAUCAGCAUACAACACCACCGCAUCGCACAGUGUCGUCAGGUGAAGAUCACUAUCCUAGGAGACGAGGGGGUACCAGUUCAGGUGGAUGGUGAAGCAUGGAUCCAGCCCCCAGGGAUAGUCAAGAUCACACACAAGAACAGAGCUCAGAUGCUCACCAGAGACAGGAACUUUGAGAGGACUCUAACGUCAUGGGAGGACAAGAGGAAGAUUGACAGCUACCGUUCCUCCAGGCCCCGCCUCAACUCUCAGCAAUCUAUGGAAUACCUCACUGAGGAGGAAUGUGCUCAAGUACAGCAACUAGGCAUGGUGGCAGACACGCUCAUCACUAGGAUAAGAGAUGCGGCUAAGACACACAAGCUGGUGGAACAGGAGUUAGCCCAUGCUGUCAACGCUAGUGCCCUGGUCCUGACUGAAGCCUUCCCCUCCAAACCUUCCAGUCCUGAGUGUCUGAGUCGCAGUACAGCAGUGGAGAUCGUGAACAGCAGUAAAGUCCUGCAGCUGGAGACCAGGAUGCUGCUGGAGGGGAAACUACUGUUAGACUCUCCCCAGGAAGAGGACCUCCUCUCUAGUCUCAGCAGUCUGAGCGCUGAACUCCACAAGCUAGACGACAUACACUGGAUCUGCCCUGCCAUGCACUGCUCUGAGGAGGAGGCUGACUCUGUGAGGGUGAGCAGUAAGAGCAGUAUGAAGCUGAAGAUGAUGCCCAAGGUGAAGAGGGAGAGAGAGAAGCUCCACAAGCAGAGGUCCAAUAGCUCUCUGCCGGGAUCUUGGGAUAUUAAAGGUGGUGCAUGUGAACUUAACGAGAAGGCUUAACGAGGUACACCCAUCACCAUGGCUACCAGGGGGAGGACAGGGAUGUCGCCCUCUUCUUCCUACGGGAUGGGGGCUUUACCUACCGAGGGGUGAGGAGGACAAAAUGAUUCCACGACCCUCCCGCCUUUCAGCUAUCACCUCCCCCCUUGACUCUCAAUGUUCUCCAUUUUGAAAUUAGGGAGGAGUUGUUUUUAACUAGGGGGCGUGGCUUUGCGUCCUAUCACUGUUUGGGCUUCUGUUAUUGGUUCUGUUUGGCCUGCUGACCCAGGAGGUGGGCGUGGCUUCUUAAGGCAAAAUCCAGCCAAUCAGAGGAGAGGAGAAGAGAUGGUCUCUUAGCAACUUUUGUUACCUUUACGACGCAAUGUGUUUACGUAGGCGGAGCUCUCCUUUGCAUGACGUGAGCAGCCAUUUUGUUUUUAUUCUUAGAUAACUCCUCUUUUUGGGAGGCGUUUACGCUACUCUUCUUGACUUUCGCGACAACUUACAGGACUUUUUCGUUUCCUCAAGAAAUCUGAAGAAUACUUUGCUUUCUGUUCCUAUCGCCGUAAGAACAAAAAUGUCAAUGAACAACAACAAUGGAAACAUCUCAUCUUAUUCUCACCUACUGAACUGGAGACUCUUAAACGUAAAACAAAUAUACUAUUGCAGAGUCACAUUGAGGAAUGUACUACAUGUGGACUUGUAUUACCGUAUUACCUUGUGAAAAUUGGUGGUAUGACUGGUCUACAUGUGACUUAUUCAAUGGCCAGAUACUACAGUGCUUACGGUAAUACCCAAGCCACUAUGACCAUCGGAUGUCUCCAUCCCUGCAUGCCUUCCACUCUUAACCAUCCUAUUAGAUGGAAGACGUAGCCCCUGGACACUGAUCUAAGGUCAAGAUUAGAAUUAGGGGAGGGAAAUCUGACCCUAGGUCUGUAGUUAGGAUUAACUUUCACCAUGAGCGUAUACAUUCCCUAACGAUCUCAAUGGAAUAUAUAUAUAUAUAUAUAUAUUCUCUUGUAGAAAUUCGGUAACGCUUUAUUCGAAGACACUUCUAUAAACUGCUUGUACCAUGUUAAUAGAUAGUUCAUUACUUAUUUGCAAAAUCAUCAUCUAGUUAAGUUAGUUAUUACGUUAUUAAUUUUAGUAAAUGGAUACAACAUUUAUUACAACGUCCUGUAACAUCGUGAACAUUUAUUUAAUCAAUUUAAAUGCUGAACAAGCUUUAAAAUGAUGGUGUUUAUAGUCAGUCAGAUAAAGUGUUAGCUAUAUGAAUGUGCUUCUGUACCAAUAGCAUGCUGCUCUCAUAAAUAGAGGCUUUAAUGAGGUCCCUGUACAUGUGUGGAAAGUUUCGUACCGAGCGCAGUGGUUUUAAAUGACAUACGACGAGUGUGUGUGUGUGUGUGUGUGUGCAAACGACACUGUGUGUGUCGUUCAUUUUACUGUGUCGUUCAAGUUUACUGUAUGUUGCCUUGCACUUUACAAAGCCAAACUUAAAGAACACUGAUUGUGUUGUAAAGUGA